AUGGCAGAAAAAGUAAACUCAGAAUACAAACCCUUCACGCAUCCAAAAUCAGCACCAGUUCGUCCAGCCCCAGAGUCAUCAACCGCUACCUCUAGUUUUGGAGGUCACAUAUUUUCAAUGCACAGUACUGAAGAGUCACGCAGACAAAAACAAUUACAACAAAAAACUUACUUUCAAGAACUGACAAGGCAAAUUCAAGAAAAAAAAGAAGACAAACCUAUCGAGGCCUUUAUUUCUAGCAAAGCUUCAACUCAAAUAGAGCCAUCACCCAGCACUUCUACUGAUUUUGGCAGCGACUUAAAAAAACUUCCUUAUCCUUGGGUUGAUAGCAAUAAGCCACUUCCCAGAUACCAAAAAAAACACGAAAUUGAAAAUCACCUAGGGCUAAGCGUAAAUGGGAGCCACUUUUUAGGUGGUCCACUACAAAGAGAUGAAGCUCUUCUUCUCAAAUUAAAAAAAGAAGAACAGCAAAAACAAAUGCAGAUGAUUUUAAGAUUAAGAUUAAGAUUAAGAUUACGCUGGGUAUUUAAGGUCCCUACUACGUCCGAGGUCGCAUGCCACGGUUUCCCGUGUGGUGGCAGAGCGUUCACCAAGCCCGGGCCGAAACCCCCGGUUUCUCGGUAGAGGCAUUGUCAAGGGCCGUCUCAUACCGGCUUUGCUGACCACCUCCAUUUCCAACUUGGAUCGUCGCCUAAGUUUACGCCAACUCCGCUUCGUCGUCCGCCAGAUCUGCCCAUUGAAGGGCACCUUUUCAACUGGAGAGACCCCCGUUUUGGUGUCUAACUCGCCUCCCCUCUUUUCCGGUCAUCCCGAGAAAGAACUCAACAGCUUUCGCCAUUCGGGGCGAGCCACUAAAGCAGCUUAGGCAGGUAAUUCACCCUGCCUCAUUUCGGGCACUCACUGGGCUGAGCGCUGCUGGCAAAAAGAAGUCACGAAUAACUGCCCAUGGAUCUGGUCGCAAAAACAGCGGCUCUCGCGCUUACGCCUCUCGCUUCGAGGUCCCAGAUGUUGUUUGGGCUAAUUCCUGGCUCCAAAAACCAUGCCCGGAUAUACAUGGGUAACCACCACUGAGAGGGUGGGUCGGUCGCCAUACGCCAUUUUAUGUAUAUUGCAGAUGAUUUUAAAUGCCCAAAUUGAAGAAAAAAACAGAAAAGCUCAAAAAGAAAAAGAAGCAAGACUGAGCUAUGAAAUACAGGACGAGGAAAGAAUAUUUAAAGAUAGAGAAAUUUUGAAGAGAGAGGAACAGCAAGAAAAAUCUCCUGAACCAAAAUUUUUGAAUACUUUGACUACUGAAGCACCUCCAAAGUCAAUGAUUGUGUUUUCGACUGCAAAAGAGGUUGAAGAGCCACAGCAACAGACAUUCAUCUCUCCCCCAAUUUCUCCGAAAAAAGAGGUUCCUAACGAGUCAUUGGACUAUUUAAGCCAAUUGUGUAAGCAGCUUAUGGAAGAGCAAGAACAGCUAAGAGGUAAAUUAAAAAGCCAAGAAGAUAUCAUUGAAGAUUUAAAACAAAGCAGAGACGAGCCUAAGAGAGCACCAAAUAAUAAUAAUAAUUCAGCUCUGAGGAGAAAACCUCCAGCAAAGGUUAAUAUUCCUCCAACCAAAGCAAGCCAGAAUAAGCUUAAGCAGCAGCAUGAUCUUGAAAAUGCAAAAAUUGCAGCUAUUCAAGAAAAGAUUGAAAAUGCUAGAAAGAAAAAAGCAGAGCAAAGAGAAUCCCAGGUACUCGCUAAGCAAGCAGAGUUCAGAAAGCGCAGCGAAACCCAGCAAGCCAAGCCAAAAACAGUUGUAAAUAAUAGAAGAAUAAGUGAAGUCCCUGAAGUCAGACCUGACUCCAGAGAAAUAUAUAAGCAAAACAAUCAGAUUUAUAGAUUGCAAAGUGCCUUCACACCUACUCUGCCUCCAGAUUCUCCAGAGCUUCCGAACUCCUCACAAACGAACUUUCUUGUCCACGAAUUAUCCCCCAAAAUGCCAUUCGACCGACAAAAUCUCGACUCUGCCGGGAAAAGCUAUUUUAUUUAUCCUGACUCACAGGGCUCCUUUAAUGUCGGUUUAGGACAAGAUAACAAGCUUAAAGAAUCCGGACACUUGAGCAGCUUUCUCCAAGAAGAUGAGCUGAGAAACUCUCAAGCUGACGAACUUGACAAAUUUGUCGAGGAGCACAAUAAGAAAAGUCCUUACAUUUCCCAAUUCAAUUCUGCUAGAAGCGUAGCAGACGAAAGAGAAAAAGCAAGAUUUACCUGUACAACAUUUGAAAUUGCUAGAAAAGAUGCGAAACCCCUUGUGGCCAAUAAAGCAGGUUUUCCUAGCAAUAUUUUCAGAAGACCUUAG